UGUUCUACCUGGUUACAGUGGUCAAGGAGGCCUGUGUGAAGGCAGGCAGCUCAGGUCUGCCAUGGCCUCCACUUCGGUGAUCCUCUCUCCGGAGGACACUGCGGCCGGACCCUCAGCUACUUACUCCUAUUACAGCCGGCCCCGGGCCUUGGCCGCCCGGAAGAGGUACCGAUCGUCCUUGGAUGCCAAUGAGACACAGGAGGAGGAACCGAUCCACUAUGCCAACCUCAUGUACGAACGGAGAGUCGUUCGGGGGAACACAUAUGCGCUCCACAUCUUGCCUUGGACGGGUGAACCCGACCCACUUGAGCUUCAACGGCGGCGAGAGGCCCACCGGAAAGCUCUGGCCCGGAAGCGUGCCAAGGAGCAGCUCCGAACGCGGACACCUGAUCCGGUGGAGGGUCGGCGCCAUGUUGAUGUCCAAACAGAGCUGUACCUGGAAGAACUCGCCGACCGCAUCAUUGAGGUGGACGUUGAGUGCCAGACGGACGCGUUCCUGGAUAGGCCGGCCACGCCGCUGUUCAUUCCCGCCAAGACCGGCAGAGAUGUGGCUACGCAGAUAUGGGAAGGAGAUCUUUUCGAUUUCGACAUCGAGGUCCGCCCAAUGCUGGAGGUCCUGGUGGGUAAAACAAUCGAGCAGGCCUUGCUGGAGGUCAUGGAGGAGGAGGAGCUGGCCAACAUGCGGGCACAUCAGUAUGCCUACCUGGAGUUGCGCUGUGCCGAACUCGCCGAGGUCCAGCGCCUUGAGGAGCAGGAACGGCGGCACCGGGAGGAGAAAGAACGCCGCCGGCAGCAGCAGAUGCAAAUUCUGCAGAAGGAGAAGGAGACCUCGGAAAGGAUUGCCGCCCGGGCCUUUGCUCAGCGGUACCUGUCUGACCUGAUUCCUUCUGUUUUUGGGAGUUUGAGAAACAGUGGAUACUUCUUUGACCCUGUGGAAAGAGAUAUCGAGACCGGUUUCUUCCCUUGGGUGAUGGAGAAGGUUGAAGAAACCCUGGAGAAGAAAGUCCUGGGCAGGAUACUGGCUGACACCUUACUUCGCAACGUGAUGCAGCUGCGGCUGGACUCCUUCGAACAGAAGGUGUUACUCAUUCCUCGCGAACCAGAGGUCAUCCCACCACCUGAACCAGAUGUGGAGCCCAAACCGGAAGUGGAGCCCAAACCAUCGGGGGAAGUGGUCAUAGCUGAACCCGUGGCUGAGCAGGAAGCUUUAGGCCCGUCGGAUACUGCCGGUCAGCUAGAAUCCUCAGAUCAGACAGAAGUUCCCAGUCAGCCGGAACCUUCAGACCAGGCGGAAGCUUCCGGACUCCCAGAGGCUGCAGGCGAGGCGGAGAUCGCAGUUGGACCGGAUGCUAUUGAGCAAUCGGAUGUCCAGGAUCAGCGCAAAGUUGAAGCAGAGACGGAAAUUAAAGAACCUGAACCGCAAUGAUGGCCAAAUUAAUCAGGGAGUUUAACCAAGAAGAUUGUUGACACAUUGAUGGAGAUUCGAGGGGGGAAAAGAAAAUUGAAUCUAGUUUAGUCAUAGCGGGCAAGUAAUAAAUCGAAAGCUACGGUUUUUCCAAAUGCAUCCAAGGUCUAUGCUCUUAUUUUUAAAAAACAUUCCAACUGUUCUCUGUAACAACUGUAUAAAAUGUAA